AUGAGUAGUACAGUAACAACUGAACAUCCAUCAUCAGCAAAUAAAACUACACAGACAAAUAUUGAACAAUCAACUGAUGAUUUAUCUAAUUUGGUUGAUGGUCGUAAUAAACCUUUAGUAAUUAUACUCGCUGUGACACUACCAACAUUAGCUUUAAUCGGUAUUUUAAUUCUAAUAAUUGUAUGUUAUCGACGAAGACAUGCAACAAUAUGGUUAAAAAAAAUUGAGCAUUCAAGUCGAUUACAAGCUAUUGUUGUCAAUCUUUCAUCGACUCCUAUUCAACCAGAUUAUUCAGAAAAGAAAUCAUCUCUUUCCUAUCGACAAAUUACACAACCACGUACAGAGACAAUUGUUUAUAAUCGUUUGAGUACACCACCUACUCCAGUAUUUGUCAAGUCAUUUAAUCAUUUGAAAUCAUCUACAGAAGGUGAAACUAAUAAAGCAUUUGAUGAAUAUUUAAUUAAAAAUGAUCAACAACCUGUAUUAAGAGCAACACUACAACAAACUUCGAAUCAUGGACAAAAUACAACAUCGCUGCAUACAGAUUUUCCUAUGUCGUUACAAGCGCCUGUUCGUACUAUUACAUCAGUAUUCGUAGAUGCUAUAGCUACACAUCGUCUUUCGUUGCAUAUUAAUGCGAAUAAUACAUCGUCAUCAUCAUUAGAAACAACAACGACAACAACUACGCAUAAUAAUAAUAAUCAUAGACAUUCAGCUGCAUCUUCAUCCUUAUCCAAUACUUCUCAAACGGUGCUUCUUUUUUCUCAGAGAACGGAAUUGUGA